GGAACAACAGUUGGACAAAUCGCACUGAAAUACCGGAGUACUACGUCGCUAGCGAAGUAGAAAAAAGAUGAGCUCAACGCCAUUAAAUUAAGUAACUCAAUUAGUGUGCCUUAGGUUGGACCCAAGCCGCAGCGGCGCUGCCAAAAGAGCCACCGCGUGUCCCAACUCCCAAGCAGUUUGGAUGCCGUACGAUUGGUCCAUUGAGCCAAAAAUCACGCCGGAGUAGAACCCUGUAAAACUGCACAGGGAGAGAGAGAGACGGAAAAGAGAUAUGCCGGGGGAGAGCUCAGGGUACAAAGAUUACGUAGCAGGAAUGUUAGCCGGAGUUGCCACUGUGCUUACCGGUCACCCAUUUGACACAGUCAAGGUAAAUCUCCAGAAACAUAACACUUCUAGCAAUGGUAUAAAGUACAAGAAUGGAUUGCAUUGUGCUGCUAGGAUAUUGAAGGCCGAAGGAGUGAAAGGGCUAUACAGAGGAGCAACAUCUUCUUUUGUUGGGAUGGCUUUUGAAAGCUCCUUUGCUUUUGGCAUUUAUUCACAGACCAAAAGGUUCCUUCAGGGAGAAGUUGGUGAUGGUAAGCCAAAGCCUCAUGUAAUUGUUCCAUCAGCGGCAUUUGCUGGAGGUAUUAUCAGCUUCAUACUUUGCCCCUCAGAGCUGCUUAAGUGUAGGAUGCAAAUUCAGGGCAUUGAUUCUCUUCUACCAAACUCAGCCAGAUACAGUGGUCCUCUUGAAUGUGCGAUUGGAACUGUAAAAACUGAAGGGAUGACCGGCAUAUUUAGAGGAGGCUUUGCUACCUUGUUAAGAGAAUCUGUGGGAAAUGCUGUUUUCUUUAGCACAUAUGAGUAUGUACGUUAUCAGAUGCGUCUUCAACUGAAAGGGGCUUCAUCUGAGUCAAAUCAAUUGGUUGAUGUGGGAGUUGGAAUAAUUAGUGGUGGCCUUGGUGGUAUAACGUGCUGGUGUACUAUUCUGCCAUUGGAUGUUGCAAAAACUAUAAUCCAAACAACCCCUGAUAAAAACCAUACACGGAAUCCUUUUCAGAUUUUACAAACGAUUUACAGGCGAUCUGGCAUUCGAGGAUGCUAUACAGGUCUAGGCCCUACUCUGGUUAGGGCUUUCCCAGCUAAUGCUGCGGCCAUAGUUACAUGGGAGCUAUCUGCAAAGAUUUUAGGGAUGAGGCGUGAUUAAUGAGAAAUUGAUUGCCAACUCUUUUUAGGAUUCUUUUUAGCCUUUUGUCAUCUGAAGGUGUGGUUUGGUUUGAUUUUCCAUCAGAAGGUGAGGAAUUGUCAGCAUGAUAUUGUGUUUGUGUACCAUGCAUUCUUUGCCGUGGAUGGUAGGUCUCAAAAGGCUUUUGCAGUACAUGAAAAUGUGAAUUGGUCUCCUGAAAUUAUUGGAACAGUUGGAUAUUUACUCUUGAAGGCUUCUUGUAUAAAAGCUAUUAAAUGCGAUUUCAAAGAAGUUAGACAAAUUUGAUUACAAGGAAUACAAUAUUUUGAGGUUCUAUACUAAGUCUUUCAGAUGUCCAAGGUUGAAUUCAAAUUGAAGUUCAACUGUUAAAGAUACUAGAAUGGAAGGGAAGAUGCCGACUAAAUUGUUUCAGGGUGCCCCUGAUGCCAGUAUUUCAAAGACACAUGCUAUUAAUUUUGUCAAAUUGAUGCGCGUCCUGCGCCAAAUUGCUUUGAAUUUGGAGUUAGCAAUACGAAUUGAUUUGGAGCAAUGUGAGGAACGUUUUUUUUAUUGUCGUGAAAGAUUGAGAAUUCAUUGGAAUGGUACAAGAGUGGGGUCCUGGCCUAUUCUUUCUCAAUUAUGAUGAGAAAAUUGGACCAAGUGAUCAAGGUUCGAAGUCCGCAGCGGCCGUGUGGAGGUUACAGAACCUGAAAUAAGGUUGUACCCUGGUACGCACGUGUAUAAGACCUACCGUGAUUUUGCUGACUGAGUCACCAUGAUUAACUCCUCCACCAUCCUGUCGGGUCGGGGUGGGGGCUCCUGGGGUCGGAGAUUCCACCUUUUGGACCAAGUUACACACACGCUAUGAAUGACCAUGCUGAUAAGGGUUCUUAAUAUCUUUUUUUUUUAUGGUGGGUUCUUAAUAUCUCAGGCUAAAAGGAUUAUCAUAAGAGUUCUUAAUAUUUUAUGAUAAUCCUUUUAGCGUGCGAAGUCAUUUAAAAAAAACAUUUUAAAAUAAGAAUUUCUAAUAUCUAUCUUUCACUUUUAAUUUUUUUAUAAUCAAUUGUUAAUAUUGACAAGGUGGCAUUCUUGUUUUAUUUAUGAUCAAAUACAAAAAAGUUUCAUUUAGUUCAGUUAGGGAUGGACCCGGACCGGUCCGGUUCCGGGCCGGGCCCGGACGGGCUUUUUUUGCAAAAUGUUGGGCCCGGAACCGGCCCGGGUUGAUACCGGGUCCGGGCCCAACCGGCCCGGGCCCGGGUCAAGUUCAUAUUUUUGGUUUCUAAUUAACACCCGAGCUCGGCCCGCCCGACCCGCCCAAACGGGCUAAAAACCUGGAACCGGCCAACUGGUCCCGGUCCGGUCUGGGCUCAAACAGUAACGGGUUGGUUCUGGGUCGGGCUGGCCCGGUUUAGUCCAUCUCUAAGUUCAGUAUGAGUAUGAAAUAUGAAUAUGACUCAUGUGAAUAUUAAUGGAUGAUUACAAUUAAUGAAAAGUAAAGAUUAAAAGUUCUCAUAAUAAGAAUUUUAUUUUAUAAAGGGUUCUCACUGGAACCUUCCUUGUUCUUAUUUUAAAAGGGUUCUCAAUACAACCCUCGGAAUAUGGAGUAGUUAUGUCUCCCCAAAAUAGGAGUAUAAUAUUAUAUUCCUAAAUAGUUUUUCAAGAGUAAAUUUGUGUCAUGCUAAAAUCAAAUUGUCAUUUUGACAUUAUCACAUAUUCAAGCAUGACCUUGAUCAUUCCUAUUUAGGAGUUCUCAUAAUUUGAACUAUGACAUUGUAUGUACUUAGACUUAGGGCAGUUUGUAUUCAUUUAUAUGAUUUUUCAUCAUUUUGUUAUUUCCAUUUACUUCAUUUGAAACUUACUGCUCGUUUGGUAGCCUACUAGCCUAUUACAGUAUUAGCCUUAUCUUUCAAUUUUUAAUCUAACACUAAACUUUUAAUGCCACAUGUUGGACUUCGUAAUAAUAAAAACAAAGCACCUAAAUUCAUUUAUACGGAGUACAUAUUUUUAUUCAUAACAUAUAGAGGUAAACAAAAAACUAAAACCCAAAAUGGACUGACAAAUUAAUCAAAACCGAACCGAUUAAUUUCAAAUCGACUAAAACCAAAAUUGACCAAAAUCGAUUGAAAUCGACUAAUUAUUGACGGAUUGGUUUAUGGUUUAUACUUCCGGGCUAAUAUCGCCUGGCAAAAACCGGCCAAAACGUGUUAAAAUCAACCAAAAUGAUACAAAUCGAGUGAAACUUACUCAAGUUUAUGGCCUGACUCUCAAUUUCACUUGUUCUAAAAGUUGUUAAAAUCGAUCGACAAAAAAACCGAACCAAUUAAGAAGACC